AUGCCCCUGUAUCUAGCAUCAAGAGAGCUAUUGCUGAAAUACCGAUCUGCCUAGCGGCAGUAGCUAGAGAACAUAAAGUAAGAGGCCUUGAGGACCCUACAAAGUGCAGUUUGGUUCAAAUAAUUGUAGAAGGAAUUAAGAGAACAACUCCCAAAGAAAGGGUAGAGGCCAA